AUGUAUAACAAGUCACUCAAGAUUAAACUGACGCAACUUGGCGACAAUCAUCCAAGUAUUGCUAAUACAUAUGACAACAUUGGAAAUGUCUAUGAUCAUCAAGGCAAGUAUGAUGACGCUCUAUCAAUGUAUAACAAGUCACUCAAGAUUAAUCUGACACAACUUGGCGACAAUCAUCCAAGUAUUGCUACAACAUAUAACAACAUUGCAAGUGUCUAUGAUGAUCAAGGCAAGUAUGAUGACGCUCUAUCAAUGUAUAACAAGUCACUCAAGAUUAAUCUGACACAACUUGGCGACAAUCAUCCAAGUAUUGCUAAUACAUAUAACAACAUUGGUCGUGUCUAUGAUGAUCAAGACAAGUAUGAUGACGCUCUAUCAAUGUAUAACAAGUCACUCAAGAUUAAUCUGACACAACUUGGCGACAAUCAUCCAAGUAUUGCUACAACAUAUAACAACAUUGCAAGUGUCUAUGAUGAUCAAGGCAAGUAUGAUGACGCUCUAUCAAUGUAUAACAAGUCACUCAAGAUUACACAAACACAACUUGGCGACAAUCAUCCAAGUAUUGCUAUAACAUAUAGCAACAUUGGUCAUGUCUAUAGUAAUCAAAGCAAGCAUAAAGAAGCUAUUUCUAUGUAUAAGCAAUCCCUU